AUGUUUGAUCGAAAAUAUUCAUCUUUCGUUGAGAUAUUGCAUAUUUAUUUGAACUUUUUCUUAUUUCUCACUAAAUCUCCUCUCUCCAUGUUUUCCCUUUCUCUCAUUUACUUUACUUUUUAUCUGUUUUUUUUUUCUCUCGUUUCUCUCUCUCAUAUUCUACCCUUGUCGUUUCUCUCUCAUAUUCUACCCUUGUCGUUUCUCUCUCUCAUAUUCUACCCUUGUCGUUUCUCUCUCUCAUAUUCUACCCUUGUCGUUUCUCUCUCUCAUAUUCUACCCUUGUCGUUUCUCUCUCUCAUAUUCUACCCUUGUCGUUUCUCUCUCUCAUAUUCUACCCUUGUCGUUUCUCUCUCUCAUAUUCUACCCCUUGUCGUUUCUCUCUCAUAUUCUACCCUUGUCGUUUCUCUCUCUCAUAUUCUACCCUUGUCGUUUCUCUCUCUCAUAUUCUACCCUUGUCGUUUCUCUCUCUCAUAUUCUACCCUUGUCGUUUCUCUCUCUCAUAUUCUACCCUUGUCGUUUCUCUCUCUCAUAUUCUACCCCUUGUCGUUUCUCUCUCAUAUUCUACCCUUUGUCGUUUCUCUCUCUCAUAUUCUACCCCUUGUCGUUUCUCUCUCUCAUAUUCUACCCUUUGUCGUUUCUCUCUCUCAUAUUCUACCCUUUGUCGUUUCUCUCUCUCAUAUUCUACCCUUGUCGUUUCUCUCUCAUAUUCUACCCUUGUCGUUUCUCUCUCUCAUAUUCUACCCUUGUCGUUUCUCUCUCUCAUAUUCUACCUUAUUUACUGUUUGUCUCGCUUUAGAUUUAAUCUCUAUUUUUGCAGCUUCCUUUUUUCUCUCUCAUUCAUUUUCUUUGUGUUUCAUUCCUUCUUUCAUUUUGUUUCUUUAUUUUUCAUUUCUUCUUUCCAAUCAUUUAAUCCUUUUUCUUCUCACCUUGAUUUUUUUCUCUUCUUCCUCUUUCUUCUGUUUAUUUACAUUCAUUUCAUUUUUCUCAUCCACAUUACCCUCCAACAUCUGUUUUUGUUAA